AGCCGUCUUGAGAGACGUGCGGCUAAAUCCGAAUGUUUCUAGUUCUCGGUCUAGUGUUAGUUCUAGUAUUACACUAGCACCAGUUCCUUUUCAAUUCACGUAUGGCAGUAUUAAGAUUAAACAACAUGACAAGGGAAGUGUGUUUUUUACAUAAACACAUAACACACUAAUAAUUGCGACACAAAACAGUAUGGGUAAUAAAUAAAAUGUUUUUCUCCUCGUUUUAGUGAAUAAUUUCCAAAAAAACUUGCUUUUUAUAACGUCAUCACCAUCAAUAUUUAUAAACGUACAAUAAAACCUCAAUAACACAAACAUAUAAUUUAGUUUGAGUAACAUCAGUGAUUUUUAUUAUUUAUUAGAAACAUAGUUUAUUUACACUUCACUCAAUAAAACACAUUAAAAACAUAGUUUAUUUACACUUCACUCAACAGAACACAUUAAAAACAAUUCUAUCUGACCAUCUACAUUCUCCAAUAAUAUUUUGAAAUUGUUUAUUAUUCCAAUUAUAAAUCUCUUAUCAAUUUUCCAAUAAAAUUUAUAGAUGCAGCGCACAAUUUUUAAAACAGGCUAAUAAUAACGUCUAUUUAAGAUAAUAAUCCGAAUAUUUUUCGAAGUGUAUCAAUCAUCUUAUAUACACACUAAUCUUUUGAGCAUCUUUAAAAAUACAUCAAAAUCAUCUCACACUUUAAAAUGCGUUGCAAACAAUUCCUGGACACAUAAAGUUGCUAAAACGUUUUCCAAAUAACUGUUAAAAGUGACGCAGAAUGUUGGUAAUUUCUAUGAAAAUCGUUCGGUUUAAAUAGUUGUAAUUUUAGUAUUGCAUUCUUUGAAUUGAAGCGUCUUACACCACAAUGGUAAAUAUGCUACCAAAUAACCCUCAAAAACCCAAAGAUGUACUCAAUAAAAACGGUAAUAAAUCACCACAAUUUAUUGCAGCCACCUCAGCUUCUUUUGCUGCAUUUUCAACCGGAACAAUUCUCGGAUGGACCUCUCAAAUUUCCCCACAACUUUUAAACGGUGAAUAUGGUUUCCCCAUCAACGAAAACCAACUGGGUUGGAUUGGAAGUUUAACAUCCCUCGGGGCUGCGUUUCUCUGUUUAUUUAUCGGCCCAUUAUGUGAUUUAAUCGGAAGAAAACCCACGAAACUCUUAAUGGUUAUUCCAUUAAUUAUAGGUUGGGGUUUAAUUGCUUGGGCAGAAAACGUAGAAAUGUUAUAUGUCGGUCGAUUUUUAACCGGGAUGAUUGGCGGGGCCUCUUUAGUCACAGCCCCGCUUUAUUGCAGCGAAAUAAGUGAAAAUAAAAUAAGAGGAACGUUGGGUUGUUUAACGCAAUUAAUGAUUUCGUUUGGUUUAUUUUUUGAUGUGAUAAUAGGGAAAUACGCCGAUAUUAAAACGUAUACUCUGUGUUGUUUUGGUGUUCCGUUUGUGUUUAUCGCAUUUUUUAUUUUUAUGCCAGAAACUCCGGUUUAUUAUUUAAAAAAGAAUAACGUCGAAGAAGCACGUAAGGUAUUAUUAAAAUUACGAGGAAAUAACUACGACAUCGAAACAGAAAUCAUCGAAAUAAAACAAAGUUUAGAUUUAAGUCGAGGAAAUAAUUUCAUUCAAACGAUUAAAGAUGCAUCGACACGGAGUUCAACCCGAAAAGCUUUCUUAAUUACAUUCGGCUUAAUGAGUUUCCGAUUUUUAUGUGGCGUCGAUUCAAUCACCGCAUUUACAUCUUAUAUUUUUUUAAAUGCUAACGAAAAUUUCGACCCUGAAAUUGGUCCGAUAAUCCUCGUAGCCAUUCAAGUAAUUUUCGGUGUUAUCCAAUCAUCCGUUGUAGACAAAAUUGGUCGAAGAAUUCUUUUAUUACCCUCUCAAAUCGCGAUCGCAAUCUCUUUAACCGCCGUAGCAGUCGGUUUCUUAUUAAAAAAUCAAAAUCUCGUCGAUGAAACCGCUUUGGAAAUCAUCAAUUUCAUCCCAUUAAUCGCGUUGGGCGUUUUUUACGUUGGAUUUGCGAUGGGUUUAGCUCCUAUCCCUUUGAUGUUAAACGCCGAAAUUAAUCCGCAAGAAACCAAAUCUUUAGUUAGUUCAUUUAAUAAUUGUUGGGGUUGGUUAUUAGCGUUUGCUAUAACAAAAAGUUUUUUACCAAUCCAAGAAGGAAUUGGCCCCGAAGGUGCGUUUUUUAUUUAUGCGGGAUUUACCUUUUUGGGCGCGCUUUUUAUUUGGGUGUUUGUACCUGAAACUAAAGGAAAAUCGAACGAAGAGAUUCAAGCGAUUUUAAUUAAACAUUAAUUAUUCGUACCUAUUUAUUGUUUUGAUAAAAAAUUUGAGAUUGUUAAUAAUA